GUUAGAAUUCCUAUUGGCUACGAAGAGUGCCCCAGAAAAAAGGGAAAAUGUUUGUUACAAUAUUCGGUAAAAAAGCGCCAACCUAUAAUUUGUUGGAUAACAAGUUGAAGUUAAAUCAAUUACCUAAUUGUGCUUUACUAGUUUAGAUCAUAUACACGGCAAAUAGUAUUUGGUUUUGCUUAGGUUCUUUUGUGUGCCAAAAAUCGAGGAACUCAACUGUACAGAUUUUUUUUAUGUUUUUUAAUUCGAUUUUCCUCUUUUGUUCAUCUAAAAACAUCUUUGCCGCGUUUUUACGUUAAAAAUUACAUACAUUAACUAUCAGCUAAGCUCCUUUUGCAUUUAUUUUUCAUAAAGCCGUCCCUCAGUCAAGUAAAUAGUUGUUAAAUAUAAUUCAAGGAUAAUCCAAAUGGAUUUUGAAUCGUAACAAUUUGGAAUGCGUCCGACACGGAAGGCCUGAGAAUAUGGCACCUGGGAAAAGAUGUUAGUCCGUUACCACUUUCGAGACGGAAAGACGGAAACAAAAUCAAUCAAGAGCCGUAAAAAAUCUCCGGAAGCAACGGCGCACCAUCCAAGGUCCGUGGCGAAGGAGGAGCGAGUGGGAAACUCAAGUCCGUUCAAAGUUGUUCGGAUGCGAAGCGGGACUUUGGAAGCUCGAGCAGUUCGGAAAAGUUACGACGCCACGGAGGCAAGAUUAACGACCAUGGCAGGGCCCGUACACACAGUAUCGACAGCAAAACCGAAUCCUCACCGGAGCAUCAGUGCAGCGUAAGGCGAAGUCGACGCCGCGAAAGUAGACUAUGUCGCUGCCAAUAUCAAUAUCAAUUUCAACCCAACACUAUUACUGGAUAUCGCAGCAGCAGCAGCGGCAGCAGCAACAACAGCAACAGCAGCCGGAGGAGUUUUGCGCUAGAGCAAAAGCCGACGCCAGGAGCAGUCGAUGAAUCGUUAGGACAAUCUAAUCUCAGCAUCAGUCACAAAACCACAAUGAGCUUCCUGCAGCCACAGCACGCACUGUCAAGAGCGAGAGUCCCUGCUGUUGGCGGCACCAUGCUGGUCUACGGCCUGGGGCUUCUAAUUAUGCUGCCAGCUUGCGCGGCUGGCCCCCAUGAAAAGCGUUUGCUGCACGCUCUUCUGGACAACUACAAUAGCUUGGAACGGCCGGUAGUCAAUGAAUCCGAUCCACUGCAACUGAGUUUCGGACUAACUCUCAUGCAGAUAAUCGAUGUGGAUGAAAAGAAUCAAUUGCUUAUAACAAAUAUUUGGCUGAAACUGGAAUGGAAUGACAUGAAUCUGCGCUGGAAUUCCAGUGAAUUUGGAGGAGUACGAGACCUGCGAAUUCCGCCACAUCGGCUAUGGAAGCCGGAUGUGCUCAUGUACAAUAGUGCGGAUGAGGGUUUCGACGGCACUUAUGCAACAAAUGUGGUGGUCCGCAAUAAUGGGAGCUGCCUGUACGUGCCCCCGGGCAUAUUCAAAUCCACUUGCAAGAUAGACAUCACGUGGUUUCCAUUUGACGAUCAGAGAUGUGAAAUGAAGUUUGGUUCGUGGACCUAUGAUGGUUUUCAGUUGGACCUGCAGCUGCAGGAUGAGGCCGGAGGUGACAUUUCAAGCUUUAUAACCAACGGCGAGUGGGACCUGUUAGGUGUGCCCGGUAAACGAAAUGAAAUCUACUAUAAUUGCUGCCCAGAACCUUAUAUUGACAUAACAUUCGCCAUUUUGAUAAGACGCAAAACUUUGUACUAUUUUUUCAAUCUGAUUGUGCCGUGCGUACUGAUCGCCUCCAUGGCACUGCUAGGGUUUACACUACCACCAGAUUCUGGUGAAAAGCUAUCGCUUGGAGUUACUAUUUUACUAUCGCUUACAGUCUUCCUCAACAUGGUGGCGGAAACGAUGCCGGCAACCUCCGAUGCAGUGCCGCUGCUCGCCCUCGAGACAGUGUCGUCCAGUCGUCCAGGAGCAUCGCAUUCGCAUUCGCAAUCGCAUUCGCUUUUUCGUUGUCAUUAAUUGUCGUCUUUGUCCUUUUGUCCCUCUGUUGCCAUUGCAAAAUUUGUUUCGUCUUGUGAAUUUGGGGCACACAUGAAGAAGGCCUGACAAUCAGCUGCCUAAACUAGGGUAUAUCACAAAUAAACAAAUUGAAUCGAAUCAUUUGGCCCCGGCAUCAUCGCUGUCAUCGGUGUCCCUUUUCAUAUGAAAUGUCCUCUCUCCCCCCUGCCGACCAUUCACAUGAAGUACAUACACUGCCAUUCCAGUAGGGUUAGUUUGCCCAAUCACUGAAAAUAAACCAUAAGCCAUAGGCAUGCUAUCAGAGCAUUUCCCCUUUAAAUCGGUUAGUUAAGUUGCAUGUUGGUUGGUCUACUAGUAGUGGGAGGCAUGUAAAAUGAUCUUGUUCCGUGGGUAAAUUGUAAUUUUGAAUAUUAUACUAUUAAUCAGACUUUGUACAUGUGUACAUAUGUAUGUAUGUAGUUUUGUAUUUUGGUAUCUAAACCCACUGUGUGGACCAUUAAAGAACUCGGAGAGAUUUCUAAGUUCGCAAACUCCUUCUUGGUCGUGUCCUAUCUCUUCUAUUCAGAUUUGCUUUAGAGUGCGAGCAGCUUUCGUUUUCUUGAGACCACUUUCUAAGUAAAAGCAGCAAUUCUUGGCAAAAAAAAGAGCUAAACUUUAAGAGAAAGCUUCGUAACACGAAACUAGUGAUAGUUUUGAAUGAUGAUAAGGGUCGGACCUAUUUUACGAACUGUGUAGGAAACCUUCUCCUUCGGUGAACUUAAAUCCUGAAUUUCCAAAGGACUCUAUUUGGAAAUUCAUAAUAACUCGGCUGGAUGUGAAAGUCAGUCAUCAAUUGGGUACUAUUUGAAGUAGGUUUUGCCUAAAAAACUUCUGUUUGGAAAUACUUUUACUAGUAAAACUUAACCCCAACUCACAAUAAUGAUCUGGGCAUCUGGAAAUACGCAAAUUCUUUCCAAUGCCUUUGUUUAGAGCUGCACUCCUCUAAAGUAGAACCAUUUCGCAUAUAUAUAUUGUAUAAACCCCAUCGGAACUUCACAGUUGACUAUAUAAAUAGACCCAAGUGAACGGAUAUAGAUAAAUAUAUACACACACACUAGUUUUCCUAAUUAACUUUUGCAUGCCCAUCUAACACACGAAAAAGUCUUGCUCCUGCACAUUUUGUUACUUGUCCUCCUCCGACUUCCCUUUGCACAAGUUUUCUUCAAUUUUAUUAGUAAUUGUAUGUACAAACUAGAACAUUAACAAAAUAAACUACAGUCACAGUCCACCGAAAUACUGAUUUAGAUAUAUUUUAAAACAUCAAAGAACCAUCAAGUACUCUAAUAGUUACAUAUUACCUAUUAUUCAUAUACUGUAGCUGUAGUAAAGUAUAUUCGCGAAGGGCUGAUUUGGCAGUC